AUGGACUUCAGCCCUCAAAGAAAGAGCGGCAAACGCAAUCCCGGCAGCUUCGAACACGAUGACAGUGAUGAUGAGUUCAGAGCUGAAUCCACCGCCUCUAAGCCGUCUGCACAUUCGCACGACAGCGACAAAUCCAAGCCCAAGACGAGCCAUGGCGGUUCAACGCAUGCGACGACGACGCCAUUGCCGCCCCAAAGUAGCUCCGAACCGACAGGCGCUGCCAUCGUCGCUGCGGCGACGGCGAUGGCGGGCAAUAAUAAUGCUGAAGCCACCAGCGUGGACAGCGGCGGGCCGAGAAGCAACAGCAUGGAGAGCAGCAGCAGCGGCAGCACAGCCUCGGGCACCAUGCCGGCCAACGUCCGGCGGCACACCGGCGGCGACAGCCGGUGGGACGCCAUCCAGCUGGCCACGUCCCAGGAAGCGCAGCUGAACCUGGGCCACUUCCGGCUGCUCAAGCGCCUGGGCUACGGCGACAUCGGCAGCGUGUACCUGGUGGAGCUCCGCGCCACGCCGGCCUUCUUCGCCAUGAAGGUGAUGGACAAGGCGUCCAUCAUCAGCCGGAACAAGAUGGCCCGCGCGCAGACGGAGCGCGAGAUCCUCGGCCUCCUGGACCACCCCUUCCUCCCCACGCUCUACACGCACUUCGAGACCGACAAGUUCUACUGCCUCGUCAUGGAGUACUGCAGCGGCGGCAACCUCCACUCGCUCCGCCAGAAGCAGCCCGGCAAGCACUUCACCGAGCCCGCCGCCAGGUUCUACGUCGCCGAGGUGCUGCUGGCCAUGGAGUACCUGCACAUGCUGGGGAUCGUGUACAGGGACCUCAAGCCGGAGAACGUGCUGGUCCGGGAGGACGGCCACAUCAUGCUCUCCGACUUCGACCUGUCGCUGCGCUGCACCGUGUGCCCGACGCUGGUCAAGUCGUCGUCGGUGCACUCCACCGGGAGCGGAGGCGGAGGAGGCGGGGGAGGAGGAGGCGGCGGCAGCAGCAGCGUCGGCAGAGGAGUGGACGUCGCGGACGGCGACGUCAUCACCUCCAACCAGGGGUGCAUCCAGCCGUCGUCCUUCUUCCCGCGCAUCCUUCCCCGGCGCAGCCGGAAGCCGUCCAAGAGCGAGCUGGGGCUCAGCGGCCCGCCCGCGGUGGAGUUCAACGCGGAGCCGACGGACGCGCGCUCCAUGUCGUUCGUCGGCACGCACGAGUACCUGGCGCCGGAGAUCAUCCGCGGCGAGGGGCACGGCAGCGCGGUGGACUGGUGGACGCUCGGCAUCUUCCUCUACGAGCUGCUGCACGGUUCCACGCCCUUCAAGGGCGCCGGCAACCGCGCCACGCUGUGCAACGUCAUCGAGCAGCCGCUGCGCUUCCCCUCCGACGGCGCGACCGGGGGCCCGGCGGUCAGCUCCGUCGCCAGGGACCUCAUCCGCGGCCUGCUCGUCAAGGACCCACAGAAGAGGAUCGCCUUCACCAGGGGCGCCACGGAGAUCAAGCAGCACCCGUUCUUCGAGGGUGUCAACUGGGCGCUGGUCAGGAGCAUGAGCCCGCCGUCGGUGCCGGACCCGGUGGACUUCCGGCAGUACGGAGCUGCCAAGGAGAAGAAGGCGUCCGACAGCAGUACAACGGCGGCCGUGGAGGCGGCGCCAGCUGGUCCGGCCGGAAAGCAAAACUCCGGCGAGUCUUACACGGAUUUCGAGUAUUUCUAG